CUCCGGCGCCGCCGCCAUUUUGUCCCAGUCAGUCCGGAGGCAGCGGCUGCACAGGAGCCCUGACGAGGAGCUGCAAGGAUGCUGUCUGUACGCGUCGCCGCUGCCUUGGCCCGCGCCCUUCCCCGCCAAGCCGGGCUGGUCUCUAGAAAUGCCUUGGGGGCAGCUUUUGUUGCAACAAGGAACCUCCAUUCUUCUAACACCCGCCUUCAGAAGUCUGGCACUGCUGAGGUGUCCUCUAUUCUGGAAGAGCGUAUUUUGGGAGCUGACACCUCUGUUGACCUUGAAGAAACUGGGCGAGUCUUGUCUAUUGGUGAUGGUAUUGCGCGUGUACAUGGGCUAAGAAAUGUUCAGGCAGAAGAAAUGGUGGAAUUUUCUUCAGGUCUUAAGGGUAUGUCUCUGAACUUGGAACCUGACAAUGUUGGUGUUGUCGUGUUUGGUAAUGACAAACUGAUUAAAGAAGGAGAUAUCGUGAAGAGAACAGGAGCCAUUGUGGAUGUUCCUGUUGGUGAGGAGCUGUUGGGCCGUGUUGUAGAUGCCCUGGGCAAUGCCAUUGAUGGAAAGGGUCCAAUUGGUUCCAAAAUUCGUCGAAGGGUUGGGCUGAAGGCCCCUGGAAUCAUUCCCAGAAUCUCUGUGCGUGAGCCCAUGCAGACUGGCAUUAAGGCUGUGGAUAGCUUGGUACCAAUUGGCCGUGGACAGCGUGAGCUGAUUAUUGGUGACAGACAGACUGGCAAAACAUCAAUUGCUAUUGAUACGAUCAUUAAUCAGAAACGCUUUAAUGAUGGAACUGAUGAAAAAAAGAAGCUGUACUGUAUUUAUGUGGCUAUUGGUCAGAAGAGAUCCACUGUUGCUCAGCUGGUGAAGAGACUUACAGAUGCAGAUGCCAUGAAAUACACCAUCGUGGUUUCAGCUACUGCAUCUGAUGCUGCCCCACUUCAGUACUUGGCUCCUUAUUCUGGCUGCUCUAUGGGAGAAUAUUUCCGAGAUAAUGGCAAACAUGCUCUAAUUAUCUAUGAUGACUUGUCCAAACAGGCUGUUGCCUACCGCCAGAUGUCUCUGCUGCUUCGUCGUCCCCCUGGUCGUGAAGCUUAUCCUGGUGAUGUGUUCUACCUGCACUCCCGUCUGCUGGAGAGAGCAGCCAAAAUGAAUGACACUUUUGGAGGUGGCUCUUUGACUGCCCUUCCAGUCAUUGAAACACAAGCUGGUGAUGUGUCAGCAUACAUUCCAACAAAUGUCAUCUCCAUCACUGAUGGACAGAUUUUCUUGGAAACAGAAUUGUUCUACAAAGGUAUCCGCCCUGCCAUUAAUGUUGGUCUGUCUGUGUCCCGUGUCGGGUCAGCUGCUCAAACCAGGGCCAUGAAGCAGGUGGCAGGUACCAUGAAGUUGGAGUUGGCUCAGUAUCGUGAGGUGGCAGCUUUUGCUCAGUUUGGUUCUGAUCUAGAUGCUGCUACUCAGCAACUGCUGAGUCGUGGUGUACGUCUCACUGAGUUGCUGAAACAAGGACAGUAUGCUCCCAUGGCAAUUGAAGAACAGGUGGCAGUCAUUUACGCCGGUGUUCGAGGGUAUCUGGACAAACUAGAGCCUAGCAAAAUCACCAAAUUUGAGAGUGCUUUCUUAGCUCAUGUCAUCAGCCAACACCAGUCUCUCUUGGGUAAUAUCAGGACUGAUGGAAAGAUCUCAGAACAGUCGGAUGCGAAGCUGAAGGAAAUUGUCACAAACUUCUUGGCUGGAUUUGAACCUUAAACUCCCAUGGUUUAUCACCUGUCACUUUGGUUUUGUCGCUGUUUCUAGUGAUUCGGUUCCAUUCAUUAUAGGACUUUAAUAAUGCACUCUUGCGCCUAAUGUACAGAAAUCCCCUUAUGAAUAAAGGGUUCCAUGUUAA